GAAGAACGUUUAAACAAUACUGAAAAAGUUCGCCAAAGUGUUGCUGCAAAUCAUAUUACUUAUUCAACCAAUAGUGAAACAAACGAUCCAAGUACACUUAAUCCAAUAGUUGUUGAGAAUGAAAUGCCUAGUAAUGAUAAUUAUGAUAGUAAUAAUUAUAAUAGUGACGAUAAUGCCAAUGAUGAAUAUGAAAUAUUAAGUGACGAAACUAUUACUAGAGAAUGGGUUAAUGAAGAAAGUGAGGAACUUGAAGAAAGUGAGGAACUUGAAGAAUUAAACACAGUCUCUUCUGAUAUGCAUAAAUAUCAUCCAGCUGAGCACAAAGAUUCAAAGAUUGAACUUCAAUACCUCUUUACACGUACUUUAUCACAACCAACAUUUGUUCGUACUCUUCAGCAACAU